GCUGGAAAGCAAAUGAAAAGCUUUGGGAAUUUGGGGCAAUGGCCUCUACUUGGAUUUGCUUUGGCAAUUUGCUUUGUAGCCAGCACUGUUGUUGCUGAUUACUCCUAUGGCUAUACUUCCAAUUCACCUUCUUACAACUCUAAGAAAUACUACAAAUCACCAUCUCCAUCCAAAUAUCAUGUACCAACUCCUUAUUACAAGUCACCUGUUGUAGCGAAGUAUUACAAGUCACCCGCUCCUUCAAAACAUUACUACAAGUCACCUGUGGUAGCGACGUACUACAAGGCACCUGUCCCUUCAAAGAAAUAUAACAAGGCGCCAUCCCCUUCAAAGAAGUACUACAAGGCGCCCGCCCCUUCAAAGAAGUACUACAAGGCGCCCGCCCCUUCAAAGAAAUACUACAAGGCGCCAUCCCCUUCAAAGAAGUACUACAAGGCGCCAUUCCCUUCAAAGAAGUACUACAAGGCGCCCGCCCCUUCAAAGAAGUACUACAAGGCGCCCACCCCUGCAAAGAAGUACUACAAGGCCCCCGCCCCUGCAAAGAAGUACUACAAGGCCCCCGCCCCUGCAAAGAAGUACUACAAGGCCCCCGCCCCUUCAAAGAAGUACUACAAGGCCCCCGCCCCUGCAAAGAAGUACUACAAGGCCCCCGCCCCUGCAAAGAAGUACUACAAGUCGCCGGCUCCUUCAAAGAACUAUUACAAGUCAUCUCCUAAAAAAUACUACAAAUCGCCAUCGCCUGCAAAAUACUAUAAGUCACCAUCCCCGUCAAAAUAUUUCAAAUCGCCUGUCCCUUCUAAAUACUAUAAAUCACCACCUCCACCAAAAUAUUACAAGUCACCGGUUUACAACAAGUCUCCACCGCCACCAAAAUAUUACAAGUCACCAGUUUACUACAACUCUCCACCACCACCAAAAUAUUACAAGUCACCAGUUUACUACAAAUCUCCACCACCACCAAAAUAUUACAAGUCUCCACCCCCACCAGUUUAUUAUGAGAAAUCACCUUCUUACUACAAGUCCCCUCCACCUCCUCCAAAAUACUAUUCACCAUCUUCUUACAGCUCUCCACCUCCACCGUACUACAAAGAAUCUAAGCCUUCCUACAAAUCUCCACCACCUCCCCCAUACUAUAAAGAAUCUACUCCUUCCUACAAAUCUCCACCACCUCCACCAUACUACAAAGAAUCUACGCCUUCCUAUAAAUCCCCUCCACCUCCACCGUACUACAAAGAAUCUACGCCUUCCUAUAAAUCCCCUCCACCUCCACCAAAAUAUGACGAACAAUCACCUACAACCUACAACUCACCACCUCCACCGAAGUCUUAUGAACAAUCACCAUCAUACUACUCACCACCACCACCAGUGAACGACUACAAGAAAACUCCCACCUAUGCCUCACCUUCACCACCCCCUCCAACAUCUUCCCCACCAAUCUACUAG